CAAUGCUGUUGAACCCGCUCUUCAGAUUGCAUGUUACCUGUGAUCAGAAUCUUUUACUCUGACUAUCCGGACUUUCCACAGCACCUCUAGGCAUCAAACAGACAGGUUAUCCUUAAAUGAGAACUCAGCUCAGUCAAUUGUGUCAAAACAACUUUGUUCCUGCUAAUUUUAGAGUAUAUAUUAAGGUAUUUAGAUAUUAAGCAAGAAAUUCGUAAGGUGUGUCAUAUUGACAUAGGGAAACACACUAAACAUUGAGCUUUGGCAAAAUCAUUGCUGGAACAUUUAGUCCUGUGGAAAGUUCCUUUAUGCAGGAGGAUACGAGCUGGAGCAAAAAAAGAAGCCAUGAACAUGUGUGCCCCCACAGAACUGCUGCUACGGCAGCACGUGUGCACUGCACAGUCCCUGAAGCAAUGCAAAACAAGCAUAUGAAAAACAUGUUCUAUUCUUACUCAAACUCCUCCUCACUUUCCUUACUAUCUAACCUAAAUUUAGACUUUGGAAAACCAAACCAGCCUUUCAAAAUAAAGAUAAGAACUCCUUCAGCACUUUACUGGAGAGGCUGGAAAGGACAUUUUUAGUACUCUGCCAAACACAGUGACGAAGCUGGAACAGAAAAACAGUCUUGUAUUUCUAGGUCGACAUCUUUUUAAGAUUUUGUCUUCUGUCAAAUAGUUUCAUGUCUUACCAUGUCUUCUUGUUUAUAAGAAAACAAAAGACCCAUUUUUGAUUAUCUUAAAAUAUGCUAUCGUCAAAUCAGCAUUCAUUUUGUGAAUUUAAAUUUAAAUUUCAGGCAUUUAAUCAGCACUGUACCAGAAUCAGUAAAACAUUCUCAGGAACAUUUGUUUUGUAACACCAAACAAACUGUAUCCGCCAGCUGAGUUUUUUAUGUUCAUUUAUUUUUAUUCAUAAAGAGAGAAGUGUAUAAGUUCAGUAUCAGUAGCAUAUUCCACAAGGAGUGUUUAAGCUUUGAGGGGGAGAACCUUUCUGUUACUAAGUUUCACUCCCCUCAUUGUUCUACAGCUAAACAGAUAAGGGUACAACGUGAGAGUAUAUAUUUUUUUCAGAACAGAAGCUGAGUGUUCCACUGGAUAAUUUUUAAUUCAGAUUCGGUUUCUUUUUAUAUUAUCUUACCCACUUUGGGGAAAUUCCUUGUGUUCAGUUGCCCUGAUUGUAUAAUAUGCGGGAAAUGCUUUGUAUUCCUGAAAGAGGCUUGUCAGGUUACAGAGCGCUGGGUUGUGUUCUUUAUACAGCAACACUUUUGAAUAGUGUUGUAGGUGAUUCAGGUGCAGAAGGACCACAUUGUGUUAAUCAUGCAUGAGUAAUGAGCUUUAUCAGUCACUUGGCAAUAUGCUAGGAGCUUGUAUGUUAAUGUCUGUUAUUAACGCCUUUUAUGACUUCCGUGUCAUUUUUAGUGCACCAUAGUUUUACUUUGGGUUUUUAGUAGCACAUGCAUGUUGUUGCCCUGAACUUGCAAAAUCAUUGAGUAGAAGUAUAAACAUUACUUUGUCAUGAUCUGAACACAUGAACCUUUAAAAUGUCUUUACUUUUUUGUGUUAAUUAAAUUAUGUUAUCAUAUUUCCUGUAACCGGUGAGCAUACUAUAUUUCCAAUAUCCUUCCUGGACUGGAAGCUUCUAUACCAUUUACAGUAUGUCGCCAUGACGGCUUCAGUUUGUUUGCAUUCAUUUCUAAAUGUAGGUGAACACUAACUUUACAACCAAAGGUGUAAGCAAGAUAGCCGUAAAUCUUUUGAACUGGUCCCCAGUCAUGCCUGACACUACCCCCUCCUUCCGCCUUAUUUCCUUCUCUACCAUAGACCUUGAAUGUCACAGCUCAGUGUUUGCUCCUGUCAGCACUGUGGUAUGUGUGUUUGCUUUACUUUGAAUACAAAUUAUUAAAGCUUACCAACAUUCUGUUUAAUGAUUAGGUAUCAGUGAGAGUCAUUGCCCGCUAACACCACUCCUGCGGCUCGAUCACAUUCAACAAGUAUCAUGCUUCAGUCAUUUGCACGAGUAGGCAGAGAUUUAUGACCUUACUAUGUAUUGAAUUUGCUUGAAAAGCAAACAAACUUUAUGAGGCCUCAAAGUGUGUGACAGGAGAAAAGGCAUCAUGUUUUUUGUGUCUGUGUUUGUGUCUGUGCCCCAGCUCUGUUUGCACUAGUGUGUGUUUCAGCACAGCAGUCGUUUGUUGCACUGCAUCACAGAAGGCUUGUCUUACAGGUUUUCCUUCACGCCCACACACAAACACAGAUGCGUGCUAUGACACAAACACCAACAGGGCGUGGAAAGAAUCUUUCUACAGUGCUCUUUUGCUUUUUUCAGACAGUACUGCUGUUUUUCCAGGAUGAGUCUCUGAUAACUCUCUUUACAGCUGAAGGUGUGUGUUUGCUAUAGCUGUGCCCGUUGACUCAGCAGCACACAGCUGUCCCUCUUUCAAGUCAGGAUGGCAGGGGAGUCUGUUCCCGAGGGUCCUGACGUAAAAAGGUUGAGUGAGGAGGAACUUUGGGAACUGAUUAACGACAACCGCCACCGGAUCUCCCUUGGAGUACGACCAUGCAACUUAAUCCCUUACCUGAGGCAGGCCAGGGUGCUCAGUGAGAUGGACCAGGAUGAGAUCCUUUCCAGCCACAACCUCACCAACAGCAGCAUGAGAACCAGCUAUAUGUUAGAUUUGCUAAGGACCCAGGGGAGGAAUGGCGCUGUGGCCUUACUGGAGAGCCUGAUGAUCCACCAUCCGACCCUGUACACCCAAGUUACUGGACGGAAACCCAGCACUGAGCUCUCAGAAUUCAGUGGCCUGAUAAAGUACUCUGAGCUGACGGAAUAUCUGGUCAGAGCAGUAACAGGAAUGCAGAAGGAGCUCCAGGAGGCGCGAUGCGAGGCUGGCAGAAUGAGUGCACGCUGUGUGUCCCUAGAGUCAGAGAUUGGGCAGAUCAUGGAGCAGGAGGAGAAGUCCAGAUGCCUUCAGUCUGAAAAUGAACGCCUGCGGAGAUACUUGUGUUCAUUGCAGCAUGAUGUCACCAAGCUGAAGGAUGAGAAGUGUGACUUGUAUAUGCGUUACACUGCGGCUAUUGAGGAGAAAUCUGCUGUGAACAUGCGCCUCCAUGACCUCAAUCUGCAGGUGUAUCAGCUGCAAACAGAAGUACAGAAGGCACAAACAGAGAAUGAGUUCCAGAAGCGACGCUCACUGAGGUGUGCCUCUAAUGAUGACACACCUUAUUUGCAAAAGAUAGACAGGAGUCUGCCCUGCCAGCUGGUGAAGGCUCGUCAGGACAUCAUGGCCCAGGAUCUGGCUGAGGCUGUUGGCAGCCAGGCGGAGCUUGCAGAGCAGCUCAGAUGUUACAGAGAAGAGAAUGAAAAGCUGUUAAAAGAGAAACAAGCGCUCUUAGAUCAGAAGGAGAGCCUGAGCCUCCAGGUGCAGCAGCUGACACUGGACUGUAAAAUGCACAAGCAGAAAAGCACAGUGAUCCAGAACCAGAUCCAAGAGCUGCAGGCAGAAAGAGACCAGGCAUACCUGUCCAGAAAUGAAGCCCAGGGAACAAUCACCCGCGUCCUGGCUGAGAAGGACACCUUGAGGAGUCAGCUGGUGGAGCUCCAGGACCGUGUCUUCAGCCUGCAGGCCAACCACAGCCCCAGGGCACAAAAGAAGAGUUGUGAUGAGACAGAAUGGGAGAGCCCGAGAUCCAGUUUUGAAGACUGCCCAGUCAGACCCAGACAAAGACUUCGGCGUAUGGAUGCAGUCAAUCCCAUAGGUUCCUUCAAUUCAGAGUGCGAAGAACCUACCCCAAGUAGUGUCCGGUCCAAUAAUGCUGAGCCCCCAAGUCCGGAGUCUCUCCGCAGAAGAGAAGAAGUCCUCUAUGCUGACAGCAGCUUGGAAAAAGCUGAGACUGAUUCUUUAUCGGACGACUUUGUGUUUAUUCCCUACGUGGAGGAUGAAAAGAAGCACACACCCGAGCUCUCCUCUGCUGAUGAUGGCCUAUCAAGAACCUCAGCCCCUCCUUUCCUCAUGCGCUCUCGUCCAAAAGCACUUCGCGUAAACGGCAGAGUUCUUAGCAUCUCUUUCCAAGGGGAAGCACUGCUCAGCCAGCUGGCAGUGAUAGGAGGCAACAAGACUGGAGUGUUUGUACACCAAGUGACAGAAGGUAGCGCUGCCCACACUGUGGGCAUCACCCCCGGGGCACAGAUAGUGGAGGUGAAGUACGAGCAGAAACAGAAGGCUCUGAGGAUGGUGCUGGAGGAUUCCAGUUUGGAGGAGGCUAUGUGGGCUCUUGGCCAGGUCACAGGCAUCUGUCACCUCUCUCUGCGGCCCAGGCAGGAUGACUAUGAAGUGCUGCUGCAGCAGCUGCAGAGCAGUGAGACAUCGUCAGGGGACUCCUUUUAUGUUCGUGUCAACAUGUCUUCUCCUACUGGCCCAAACGAAACCCUGGCCAUGUCCUGCAACAACAUCCUUCAUGUGACCAACACACGACCAGCUGGCACAGAGGACUCAUGGUACGCCAGCCAAGUUCACCCCUGUCAGCUGCUGGAUCUUCAGAGUGGAACCGUACCCAACUACUACAGGGCACAGCGACUUCUGAUCCAUGCAAUUGAAGAGAUGAGCUUUCAAACAAAGAAGUCACAAAAGACUUGGCGUGUAGUUCCCCAGAAUACCAAGGAGAAGGUGGUGAGGAUCGUAAGCACGGGGCGACAGGGCAGGAACCCGCUGUGGGUCAGUGUGGAGGAUGAAAAGGCCAAAAGCAUAGACUCAGGUGAUUCAUCAGCAUCCAAAACUUUUAUGUCCCUCAUGCCCUACACCCUGGUCACCCCCCACUACCCACCCAUCUGCAGGCCUGUCCUGCUGCUGCCCACUGUCCUGGGCCGUAUCCUGGACAAGAAACUGGCAGGAUGGCAGGGCUUCCAGCUGUGUCAACCUGAGAUGCUGAGCCCCAGUGAGCAUGCAGCCCGGCUGCAGAGGUCUGAGAUCCUGGAGGAGUCUGACCAGGGAAAAAACUACUGCUUCACCCUGCAAAGUGUAGACAAAGUCAUGCAGAAGGGGAUCCACUGUGUGCUGCCUUUGGGGCUGGACUGUGUGCGUCGGCUGCACAGGGCUCAAAUCUUUCCUAUUAUCAUCUUCAUUGGUCAAUCAGCACGUAGUGCACGUAAACUCAGGACAAAGCUAAAUCGCUGCAGCCAGUCCGAGGAGCAGCUGCUGGCGUGUUCAAGGAGCGAGGAGCCACUCUUGGAUAAGCUGCCUUGUCUGUAUCACAGCGUGGCUCCAGACUCCUGGUGUGAUCAAACCUCCCUGCUGAACAGCCUGCGCACCAUCAUCUGGGAAGAGCAGAAGAAGAUCGUCUGGGUGGAGCCUGACCUGUGGUGAUGCGGAGGAACGAACAGAAAAGGACCUUGAAAAAUACAGAAAAUAUGAAAAUAAUAAGAACGACUAUUUCUUUCAAGGCCAUUUAUCAUCAUGGUUAAAUGAUAAUGUGUUGGAAGAGUAUAAAUGAGCUUUACAAGAAAAUAUUUUUUGUAAACAUUUGUAUGUAUCUAUGAUACUUGUGAGUAACUCGGUGAAGGAAAGCCCUCAUAAUGUGCUGUAACUGUAUUCUUUUGAAAGAUGUAUAUCCACUAACUGCACAAAGGAACAUUUUCUACAUUAUGCUGCCUCCCUUUUAGAGGCUUUUGUUUCAAAUAAACACUGGUGUGAAGAGUCCUCUAAACACGCACACAUCAUUAAAACAUACUUAAUGCACACAAGAUAUGUUCUGGACCUCUGUGAUAUAAUUUGUAUAUUUUGACAUGCAGAGGGAUCGACUUUUAAAAGCUCUUCCCAAUAACCCUUCAUUUUCACUCUUCUGGCUGUCCUCUCCUUUGGCAUCAAUAAACACUGUGAAUGACUUUAA